AAGUAUCUAUGGUUAACCUUUCUUUUCUUCCACUGUUUGGCAAUAUUGACAUGAAUUAUUGUUUUGUUUUGUGACUCGAAAGUAAAUAUAGUAAUUUGUUACAAUGAAAGACGUUAUAGAUGUAAUAGCACUACAAAAUAAUAGGCGCGAAAGGCGUUUACCAGAUUACAGAAGUGCUCCAGGUCACAGUUUAGCUACAAACUUUAUCUUCGAAUGCGGUAUAAAACUUGGACUGCAACCGGCAACUGUAGCUACAGCAGCUAUAUUCUACCAUAAAUUUUUUAAGGAAGCUGACAAAAAUGACUACGACUGUUACGUGAUUUGUACGGCUUGCCUAUGUGCAGCUGGGAAGUCGAGAGAUGAGCCCAUAAAGUUACGGGAUGCUGUGAACGUUGCUCAUAAUUCUAUAAACCGCGGCCAGGGUCCUAUGGAGUUGGGCGAAGAAUACUGGCUUUGGCGUGGCGCUGUAGCUCAAGCUGAGCUCUUAGUACUAAGAUUAUUGGGUUUCAAUUUAGAAACACCUUCGCAUCAUAGAUAUUUGUUGCACUAUUUACGAUCACUGCAAGAAUGGUUCCCUGCCUCUCAAUGGCGAUCAGCGCCGAUUGCAAGAACUGCAAUGGCUUUCCUGCAAGAUUUUCAUCAUUCUCCGGCUAUUUUGGACUACAGAGCACCUCAUGUGGCUGUAGCGUGUUUGACAUUGGCACUACAUGUCUUAGGUGUGUCUGUGCCAUUGGCAUCUACGUUAGAUGAUGAUGCAGCCUGGUAUUCUGUAUUUACUAAGGACUUGCAAAAAGAGAAGAAUUGGGAAAUAAUGGAAAAAAUAAUGCAAGUGUAUGGCAGGGAACCGGAGCCAAUUUAGUUUAUUAAUUUAGCAUAAAAGUGUGUUUAAUAAAGUAUUGAUUGGUAAA